UAUAUCUUUGAAGUAAAUGGCAGGACCAGUUUGUAGGGAGCUUAAGGUGACAAUGGAAAGCCAGGACAGAGAUGAAAUUCAUAAUUGUGUGAUCAAGCUGAGAGUUAAUCCUCAAAAGCGAAGGGAGAAGGUUUAUAUUGGCUGUGGAGCUGGGUUUGGAGGUGACAGGCCAAUGGCUGCUCUUAAGUUGCUUCAGAGAGUUAAAGAGCUAAACUAUCUAGUACUGGAAUGCCUAGCGGAGCGUACUCUUGCUGAACGGUAUCAGUUUAUGGUGUCUGGUGGCGAUGGUUAUGAUUCUUGGAGUAUGUGUCUACUAUUCAUACACAGUUCUAAAUUCUGAUAUCCUUUUCAAUAA